AACAAACAAAGCUAAACGCUUCCUGUCCCAUCACGGCUAAGGUGGUCGAGAGAAGGUGACUUUUAUGGGUUUGGUGCGGUGCUUCGCCCAAAUCCAAGCAUAACAGCCAAAAGACGGGGUUUUGUUGAAUAAACAACUAUGUCCUCUUUUGGACGGGCCUUCGCUGUCCUUCGGACGGGGACUCUGCUGCUCAGGCGCGGCCCAGGAAGAAUACUGCGGAGAAAAGCUAGCGACGGACCUCAUAUUGAACCACGGUACAGACAAUAUCCACAGCUGACGAAGAAACAAAAGUUUGAUGCGGAGUUUCUCAGUUCCUUCAUGUGGUUUUGGAUCCUUUGGCAUUUCUGGCACGACCCAGACGCAGUGUUUGGUCACUUCCCCUGGCCAGAUGCCUCUCAAUGGACAGAUGAAGAGCUUGGUAUCCCACCAGAUAAAGAAUAAGAUGACCACAUGGAGUCUUUGUGGAAAUCUUACGGAUUUUCUGAAAAUUGUAAUAAAUGUAUCUUCAAGUUAAA